UAAGAAUCGAUCUUGUCAAAGUGGCAUAAAUUGCAAUUCCAGCCAAACGUAGCGACCUGUUUGAAGAAGCAUAUUUGCUGAGUCACCAUCGACUCCUCUCCUCUGCAUCUGUGCAAGAAAAAAAAGUAAAGCAAAAGCAGCAGCUGCAGAAGCAUCAUUCACACUUUCCUCCCACAAAAACAAGAAUUCUCCCACCCCGACACCUCCCCCCACUUCUCCAACCUCCAGCAUUCACAUUUCAGCAAUUCCCAUAUCGCAAGAUUGCAUUUUUUUUAGGAUGGAGAAAGUUGUUGUCUUCAAUUGCGAACUCAAAGCUUGUGGGAUAGUGUAGACUUUCCCAAGUUUCAAUCUUUUUUCAGCCCCGAUUCUCUCUUUCCCUUCCUUCAUUCCCUCUCUUUCUCUCUCCGAGGAAUGGACUGCAGGAGCUUCUUGGUAGUUGAGAAUUUGGAUCCAUUGAGGAAAAGGAGCGGCGGUUUGAGAGCAAAACAGGCAGGGCGCGGCUCUUGCAGAGGGAGUUAGGCUGCUGUGCUUUCACUUUUGGGGGAAUAAUCUUUUGCCAUUCCUUCAAAACUGAAUCUUUGGGUAUAUUACUACUAUCUAUUUCUACAUUGAGAAUAUUCAUAUUCUGCUAAACAGCUACAAUGGGCUACUUGUUCAAAGAGGCUUUAAAGACUCUUUGUGGCGUCAACCAUUGGUCCUACGCUGUCUUUUGGAAGACUGGUUCCCAAAAUCCCAAUCUUUUAAUAUGGGAAGACUGUUAUUAUAAACCCACACCUUGUUAUGGACGUCCCUGGAUUUCUGGAAAUGGGAUUUCAAAAAUUCCUUAUCGAGAUCACAAUGCUUGUUCGGCUUCAAGUGAAACUUCGAAUUUACAACAUGGUGUACCAGUAGGGAACAGGGUACAUUUGCUUGUUAACAAGAUGAUGGCAGACAAUCAUAUUAAUGUUGUAGGAGAAGGAUUGGUUGGAAGAGUGGCAUUUACUGGUAAUCAUCAGUGGAUACUAUCUGAAAACUAUUAUAGAGAAACCCAUCCACCAGAGGUUCUGAAGGACGUUUGCCUACAGUUCUCAGCUGGCAUGCAGACGGUUGCAGUCAUUCCCAUUCUUCCUCAUGGUGUAGCUCAGUUUGGUUCAUACUUGCCUAUCGCUGAGGAUAUAGGAUUCGUCAAUGGUGUGAUGUCAUUAAUUGCUGAGCUAGGAAGUGUACCUGGUGCCCUGCAAUCUGCCAACAAUGAAUCAAGCGAACUUGCUCCAAAGGAAUCGCCUCUUGAAUCAAAUAUGAUCGAUGCGUCUUCUUUCUUUGCUCACAAUUUAAACUACGCUGGCUGCUCAGCCCAGACUUCUGCAUCCAAUAGUCAUAUACCUUUUCACUUCGCGGGAGAAGUCCAAAAUCAGAUGCAGUCCAGUAUUGCAGCUUUUCAAGCUUCAAACUCAAGCUCGUUUUACAACAAGCUGUAUGAGUGCCAUGAGGAAGGAAACAUGUCAGCCUUUUCCUUUCCGAACCAAUUUAUGAAUGGACUGGCUAAGGCUGAAGUCACCCCUUCAAAUUCAAUUGCACAGAUGAACCAAUAUUCUCCUCUGAACGUCACAAGGUCCACCGAAGAUUUAUCAUUCUGCAGUUCCUCUACUUUGUCCCAUGCUGCCAUACAAUGCACGGAACCAAAAAAAUUGUCAGACAAUGUAAGUGAAGGCCAUCUUGUCAAACCUGUUCUACCUGGCAUUCAGGUCUCCGAAGUAAAAACAAAUUCAGGUUUUGCUGGGGAUGAUGCAAAGCUGAACACUGAACGUCAGCGUGAUCCAGUAAAUAGGCCCAAAUAUGAUGCAUGCUUCAAACAUCAAUCUGGGGAUGACUUGUUCGAUAUUUUGGGUGCUGAGUUUAAGGAUAGAUGGUUUGUUAGUGGCGGGAAAAUUUUUUUGAGUGAUCAAACAGCCACAACCACACAUAACUCUGAUACAAGUAGUCCUCCAUCUAAAAAUAUUCUGGCUUAUCCCAACAUAUAUUCUUCUAGUCAAGGAAAGUCAGAUAGUGGGGUCUUUGCUUUCCCUGGAAUUCGCCAUCUCUUGGAUGCUGUGGUCUCUAAGGCUCAUCCCUGCCUGAAGCAGAGCUUGGACGACGGUAUUUCUUGUAGCAUGAGUAUGAAUGAUACAAGUGGCUUGUCGGCUUCGAAAGCUUUGCUUCCAUGUGAGAGUAUUGGUGUUUCUGAUAAUGUGGAUGGAGAUUUAUUGGGCAUGCCAAAAUGUACAGCCAAGGCUGGCAUAAUUUGCUCUUCCUCACUGACAGGAGCGUCUUUGAAAGAAGAUUCUGGAAUCUAUGGCCAGAGUGGUUCCGUUUAUGACCCAUGGAACGGAAGAGGUCAUAAUAUAAGACAGAGUAACAGUGUCCCUACUGGAUAUUCUACAAAACCACAUGAACCGAACAAAACAAAUCGUAAGAGGCUUAAGCCAGGUGAGAAUCCGAGACCAAGGCCCAAAGACCGUCAAAUGAUCCAGGAUCGUGUAAAGGAGCUAAGGGAAAUUGUGCCUAAUGGAGUUAAGUGUAGCAUCGAUGCACUUCUGGAACGUACUAUCAAACAUAUGCUCUUCUUGCAAAGUGUCACAAAGCAUGCAGACAAGCUCAAGCAAAAUGCAGAUUCAAAGAUUAUAAGCAAGGAUGGUGGUUUAGUUUUGAAAGAUAAUCUUGGGGGAGCAACAUGGGCAUAUGAAGUAGGAUCGCAAUCUAUGGUGUGCCCUAUCAUCGUUGAGGAUCUAAAUCAGCCCCAUCAAAUGCUUGUGGAGAUGCUCUGUGAAGAAAGAGGUUUGUUUCUGGAUAUAGCUGAUGUUAUUAGGGGAAUGGGGUUAACCAUUCUGAAGGGGCUCAUGGACACUAGGAACGAUAAGAUCUGGGCACGCUUUGCUGUUGAGGCUAAUAGGAAUGUGACAAGGAUGGAGAUCUUUCUCUCUUUAGUUCGCCUCUUGGAGCAAAACACAAAAAGUGGCAUCCCACAAUCCAACAACGCAAUGGUUCAAGAAGCUCGCGAAGUCAGCUCUGUUCCUGCUUCUGGUGGUUUGGUUUGCUAGGAAUCAGUUAAGAGUGAGCAAAUCCGAAGCUUGCCUUGACUAUAUAUUUCCUUGGAAAAUCAGUUGUGUGGUUUUGAUGGCAGCUACGAGAGAAACGAAGGGUCCGAACCAGCUUAAGCCGAGUGUUAUAGAAUUAUCUUCUGAACUGGUAAAUAGUCAUAUGUUUUCUCCUGCUUUCUGCUCUUACCCUCUCUAUAUAUAUACGAAUUUGGGUGGGAUAUAAAUGUGGUAGAUAAGGAAAAUAGACCAAACUUGUUUGUUGUUGUAUUAUCUUGAUGGAGGUGUUGUAAUUAGGGAAUAGUAUAUGUUUUCACAGUUUGGUUUUUUUAAUGAAUGUCAGAUUUCUUGGCUUGGUUUCUGA